GUAGUUUCCGUUCUUGGUCUAGUUAGCAAAGCGUACAACGUGAAAGUGCAUUGCUGUGUCACGUUGUGCCGUGUCUUUCCAAAGUGUAACUUUUAAGCUAACUUGUCACACUUUACCGGAUCCAGAGACGUGUUAAAGGUGUGGAUCGAAAAUAUUCGACUAAAGAAUAUUAUCAUCACCAGGCGUGUCCAGCGCCAUUUGACGAGUGAUGAUUUCGAGCCAAAGACUCCGGGCCGACAUGGGUAAGAAGCAAGCAAACAAAUCAAAGAAAGAUGUUCCAGAGCCUGAAGAGUUUGUGGUGGAGAAAGUGAUUGACCAACGAGUGGUCAAUGGGAAAGUUGAGUUUUUCCUUAAGUGGAAAGGCUUUACAGAGGCCGAUAAUACCUGGGAGCCUGAAGAGAAUUUGGACUGCCCUGAACUGAUUGCAGCCUUUUUAGAAUCUCAGAAAGGGGUGGUCGAGAACCCAGACUCCAAUAAAAGAAAGGCCUCCACUGGCUCUGAACCCGAAACUGAAGAGAGUAAGGCCAAGAAAAAGAAGGAAAUGCCUGAAAAGCCAAGAGGGUUUGCAAGAAACUUGGAACCUGAGAGGAUUAUUGGGGCGACUGACAGCAGUGGAGAGCUCAUGUUCCUGAUGAAGUGGAAGGACUCUGAUGAGGCAGACCUGGUGCCUGCGCGAGAGGCCAACACUCGGUGUCCGCAAAUAGUUAUCGCCUUUUAUGAGGAAAGGUUGACUUGGCAUUCUUGUCCAGAGGAUGAGCAACAAUAGCAUCCCACAUCUUGCUAAACACUGUCUUCCACUUGUACAUUUUGUUCUUUUUUGUUAAACUGAUAGUGGAGGAUAGUUUUACAUUUUAAAUGCUCUGGAUGCUAUGUGCAUGACUGUUGAGCCAGUGAAACGAUCUAGAAGGUUGGGUGAUGAAUGUUUUUAAAAUUUAAAUAGUUUGCUUAGACUCUUAAUUUGUACUGUCACAGUGCUGUUUCACAAUGCCCUGAUUUGUUGUUUGCCUUCAUCUUGAUUGUAAUCAUAUAUAGAGAGACAUGAAACUUAUCUCAUGUUUUCAUAGUUUCAUUAAAUGGGCAGUUAUAGUUUUUUUUUUUACAUUUGUUUACGUUAAUGUUGGAAUAGUGUCUCUUGCUGUAAAUGUUUGUGUAAAUAUUUCUUCUUUUAGUAUAAUAAAGGUUUAUAUGCCUGCUUUUAA